UACAAAUAUGGCCGAGCUGGUGGUUUUCUGGAAAUACGUCUUUCUGUUUACGUUGAUGGUAUUCCUAGGAAGUGUUCACGAUGCUGCUGUUCCACACGGAAAACCGUGCAUUAAGCACAAUAACAGAAUGAUAUGCUGGUGUUCUCUGAAUUAUUCUAACGUUAAUUGUUCUAGUCAAGGAUUAGAUUUCAUACCCGUUCUACCGAACAAUACGACUGUUUUGGACAUGAGCAACAACACAUUAACUGAUCUGAACAGAAACACCACCAAGAACAUCACAAAUAAACAUUUGUCGCUGCUGAAUAUUUCUCAUAACCACAUUUCUUUUAUUGAGAAUGGAUUCUUGGCGGCACUUGAUAAUUUGACAACUUUAGACGUAAGUACCAACCCAUUAAGUAUUGCCAACUUGACUAAAUCGUUGAAGAAUAAUUCAAGAAAACUUAAGACAAUAUUCAUGGAAGGGAUGAAAUGGACGAAAUUUCCAUAUGAUGUUAUGAAAGUUCUAGAAAAUACAACCUUAAGCAAUGUAUCCGUAAAUAAUAACAGCUUGAAGACUUUCGGAAAUGAAAUAUUUCCUCAUAUGAGUAAUCUUGUUACGCUUCAACUGUCGGCCAACAAAAUAAGAUAUUUCCAUGGGAAUAAAACAUUUCCAUAUUUGCCAAAUCUUACCCACCUUGAUCUCUCUGAUAAUUUCAUUAACAACGUUAAUUUAUCGGGAGCAAACAGCUUGACGUAUCUGAGUUUGUCAUCCAAUGAUUUAACAGAUCUACCCGUGUGUUGUUCUAAUAAUAAUUCUCUCGUGCCCAAACUUCAGGAAUUAUUCAUGGAUAACAAUUGCAUCAGUGUAUUAAUGAUGGAUAACAUCAAUUGCUUGGAUGAACUACAUUUGUUAAAUGUAUCUGCCACCAGAAUUCAGAGCAUCGAGAGUUAUACCUUUGCCAAAUUAAAAAGUUUACAUACGCUGACCAUUGAGCGAACAGAAAGUCUGGACAAACAAAACAGUAUAAAAGCAUACGCUUUUAGUAAUCCUAGUCUACAUAGACUUUUUAUACGUUAUAAUCAAAUAAACUUUGACCCUUUUGGCGUGAAUGUUGCACAGAUUUUUGCAAAUUGUACCAAUUUGACGAAUCUUGAUCUAUCGGGGAACCAUCUUGGGCAGUUGACAAAAACAGACUGGUCACAUCUUUUGCAAAAUGUUCCCAAUUUAAUUUAUCUUGAUAUAAGUGACGCCGGGGUGAUGUAUUUACCAAAACCGAUUCCCAACGUACUUACAAAUCUUCGCACAUUCCAUUUUAAGAAAAAUCAAGCUACGAUUAUACCGACUAAUUAUUUCAAAAAUUUCCGUCACCUGACUAUGCUUCUGUUAAAUGACAAUAAAUUUACAACAAUAACAAGCGAAAUGCUUCCAGAUGACUUUCUUAGUCAUUUACUCUUUCUUGAUUUGGCCUUUAAUCCGUUUGAAUGCAACUGUGAUCUUCUCUGGUUCCUAACUCUUGCAAGAAGACUUUCUAGGAAUGACACUAAAACUACCCUACUCGGUUAUCCGAAAUAUUAUGAAUGUACUGGGGGAAAGACAAAAUUGAAGGAUGUGACCAUAACAAAACGCGGCUGUUUGUUUCAUCAUCAGACCAAUACGAUUAUUGAAUGUACGUGCGCUGCGGUUAUAAUCAUUCUUAUGUCCAUAUCGUUUGUGUAUCGGUACCGAUGGCACUUUCGGUAUUUCAAAUACAUUCUUAACUUGCAUAGAAGGAAGGGUGUCACCAGCAGCAACGAGGCAUUUACAAGUGAUAUGUACGUCAGCUGUUCACGCUCCGACUUGAAAAUAGUGUGGGACAGAAUUUUGGGCAAGCUUGAACAGGAAAGAUUAAACAUAUUUGUUCGCCAUAUACACAUCCCCCUCGGGACGCCUGAGCUUUCGGGGAUUCUAAAGGCGAUGGAUGAAAGCAAACUGAUAAUGUUGUGCAUCUCGGAUACAUUUGCUCAAGAUCAUCUGUGCGAAUUUGAAACGGCUAUGGCAAUAAAUAGGAGCCUUACUGUAGGCACAUGGACAUUAAUCGUUAUAGUUUUAGAAGAACUGUCAAGUGAAAAUGUUACUAAGACAAUCCAUAGAUUAAUUCAGAAUGACGAUAACUAUAUCUUGUGGGAUAAGACUGAGGAGACAAAUAACUCGUAUAAUUGGACAAGACUGCUGAGGCAAAUUCAUGGAUCAGAUAAUGUUAAUCAAAGUCCGCUAAGUUAAGAUGCAGUUGCACGCAUUAUUUUCAUAUAAAGUGAAUUCGGGAGUCGAGUAUUAAUAAUCUCAAUUCGUAGACAUGGGAUGGAGUAUGGAUCAACCCAGGAUGGCUAAGGUGAUUUCUAGAGUUGGAUAAUAUUAAUCAAAGUCCGUAGUGAUGAUAUAUCUCUGUGGUUACAUACAAUAAUUUGAUGAAUAUAAUUCUGUGUGUACCAUAUUCCCCAUUCUUUCCUUCAUAUCAAUUAGCCUAGCUUAUGUGUUGGACCUAUUACAACUUUUUGUGUCGUUUCUCAAGAAUUAGAAAAGUCACUUUUUGAUUGUAUGCUCUUUUUUCUUAUUUUUGUUCAAAUAUGAAAUUAGUAAAACAAUGCAGCUCUAUUUGUUUCGAAAUGAGUUUUGGGCAGCUGGUAGACUACGUAGUGAAUGCAACAACACAAAACGUGUUGUGCUCGUUGGGCAGCCGUAGGCUACAUGUUGUUUGCAAUUAGACAAAACCGUGGUGAACUCGUUGGACAACGGGUAUGUUAUUACACAAACACGUGUAAUUGUGUUGUGCUUGCCGAGAAAGUUCCUCGGGAUUUUUCAGCGUGGAUUCCCCUAUGGGUGGUGCAAGUAACAGUGUCCAGUUGUUCGGAUGAGAUAAAAAUAUGAGACUUUAUAUUUUAAUCCUUCCUCUGGAAUUGUUAUUAGUAACCUUGGUGUAUAUUGUUAGUUCCCAGGAUACCAUUUUAUUAAAUACCGAUUUGUACAUUGACAAAGUAUUCUAUGUCUCCCCGUUUCCAGGACAGUUACCCCCCUUGUCGGACGUGCUGUUCUCCGUGUAUGAUGUUUAAUGUUUUCUGGUAAUAAAUAGUCUC